AUGGGUCGCUCGAUAAAUACGUUAUGUGUAUGGCAUAGGAACCAUUGGUUGGACCCGCGCGAUAAUCCGCCUAAGCUUUCGACUCCCUGGACCCAGCAAGAGCUCCAGGUCUUGGGCCACUUCACAGAUCGGGCGGAGCUUUCCUGGGCUGAGAUCAAGAAAGAAGUGCCCCAUCGCUCGAAAGCCGAGAUUGAGUUUGAACUCAUCCGUAUGUGGGUUGGCGAUAAGGCCUGGGGUAAUGAACGAGAAUCGUUCAAACAGGUUGAAAAUGAGAGUGGCGAGCCAGAAGCCCCUGCGCCUCAGCCGUGUGAUAAACCCGCAAAUGCCUCCAAUAAGAGCCCUCGAGAACAUGUGGCUGACACUUCGUCUAUUUAUGGUGAGAUUUCGGAAGGCGCAGCAUUGCCUGAUGAUGAUUAUGAUCCUUUUGCCACUAUCAGUAGCGCGGAAUCGUCGCCUUCCAAGCUUUCGGCAAUUCGUAUGGAUAAUACCAUUCAACUGAAAAACUGCCCUCCGAAGAGACAUUCUCCAGUGAAACAGCUGGAAUCCACCCAAUGA